GCAUGCGCUAUUCGUGCGGAGGCUUGACGCCGUCUGCUUUGUUGGAACUAUCGAUGCUGUGACUUUCGGCGAGUCUGCUGCUAUUUGCAAUAGAUAACUACAAAUAUCUUGUCUUUUCUGGUUUUUAGACACUAUGGGCGUUUUUUAAUUUCGCAGUCAAUGUCUUUUUUUGCCGUGGGGCCGCUUCAAACGAUAAAACUACGAAUCCUCUGUAUAUAAACAAAACGCAGCGAGCUGCUGUUUAAGGUGGACCGUCAAAGACAGCUGCAGCUAAAGUCGUCUGAUAGCUGCUUGUUAAGUUAGAUAACUUUGUGUUGGUGGCGUCGACAGCGAUGGGGAUCACUAUACAGCUCCGUUAGGAGUUAAACUCCUAAAAAAAAACUUUGCGUGUGAACAUGAGAGAAGAGGACAGUUUGUUUUCAGGAAGGCAGCCCAUAGCAAGUGGGAGAGGGGGUGAACAUCCCUGCUGCUGCCCCCAUUUGACAGAGGAGAAAGGAGCACUUGCUACCAAGAAGACUGACCUGAGAACACCUAGUCAUUUGUCAAAGUCUGAGUAAUAUAAUAUCAGACUUUGGAACAGUAUGGAGACGGUGGGGAAAUUUGAGUUCAGUCGGAAGGACCUGAUCGGACAUGGCGCAUUUGCUGUCGUCUUCAAGGGAAGGAACAGAGAGAAACACGACUGGGAGGUUGCAGUGAAAUGCAUAAACAAGAAGAACCUGGCCAAAUCCCAGACACUGUUGGGGAAAGAGAUCAAAAUCCUCAAGGAACUGAAACAUGAGAACAUAGUUGCCUUACUAGACUUUCAGGAAACUGCCAGCUCAGUGUACCUGGUAAUGGAGUACUGCAAUGGAGGUGACCUCGCUGACUACUUACACUCCAAAGGCACGCUAAGUGAGGACACUAUUCGGGUUUUCCUGCAGCAGAUUGCAGGGGCCAUGAGGGUCCUAAAGGCCAAAGGUAUAAUCCACAGAGACCUGAAACCCCAGAACAUUCUGCUCUCCUACCCACCAGGACGCAAGUCACAUUCCAACAACACCUGCAUCAAGAUCGCCGACUUUGGCUUUGCCAGGUACCUUCAGAACAACAUGAUGGCGGCAACUCUCUGUGGCUCCCCCAUGUACAUGGCUCCUGAAGUCAUUAUGUCCCAAAGCUAUGAUGCCAAGGCGGACCUGUGGAGUAUUGGAACCAUAGUGUUUCAGUGUCUAACUGGGAAGGCACCUUUUCAGGCAAGCAGUCCCCAGGACCUCCGGCUGUUUUAUGAAAAAAACAAAACUCUCAGCCCCAACAUCCCCAGAGAGACUUCAAACCAUUUGAGACACCUGCUGCUGGGUUUGCUGCAGAGAAACCACAAGGACCGCAUGGACUUUGAUGAGUUUUUCUCUCAUCCUUUCCUGGAAGCCAGCUCAUCCAUGAAAAAGACGACUCCUACUGUGUCCAUGACCUGCUUCCCCAGCUCUGCAUCAGCCAGCUCUUGUAGCAGCUCGUCCACCUCUCACCUCGCCUCACCACCGCAGUCUCUUGCUGAGGGUCAGCAGUUGCGUGCCAAAGCUCUGGCCUCCCCUACCCAGGAGGCCACUGGUUUCCUCCUCAAGGACUCGUCUGGGGGCGGUGGCAGCAGCAAGAACUCCUCCUCCUGCGACACAGAUGACUUCGUCAUGGUGCCUGCUAACUUCACCACAGCUGAGCUGACGUGUGAGAGUAAAGUACUUCAGGACAGUCUGAUGACCAGCGGCUCUCUGCUGGCUUCAGCUGGUUUGUGUAGCCAAGCCAAAACACCACCCCACUCACCGUCCUACAGCGGGUCUCCCAGUCCUGUCAGGCCCAGCGAGUCCUCAGGAGGUAACUAUGGAAACAGUGGUCAGUCAUUGCCUGUCCCCGUCCCCACUCAGCUGCAGAACUACCAGCGCAUGGAGCAGAACCUCCAUUCAACCAAACAGGAUGGCUCACCACGGCUGUCGACACCAGUGCGGCGGUGCAGCAGUGGCAGCUUUCUGGGCUUUGCUCGGAACGGGCCCUCACCACCACACGGGCAGGGACCAGUCACAACCAAUCGCAGACUUUCCCUUGGAGGUGCAAGACCAUUCCAGCUCUCACCUCAAGUUCCCCAGCCGACGUCUCAUCAACACCCACAGACGACAGGGCUGGGUACGCGGCUCCACAGUGCCCCCUGUCUGUUGGAGUGUGCCAGUGGUGGUGGCAGGCAGAAGAUCAGGAAGCAGCACUCAGACCCGGUGGUGGCCCCCUCAGCAGGCAUGAUGGCUGUCCGCCCCUUGCACUCUUCCCCCAGACUCAGUGAGCUCAUGCAGCGUAGCCCCCUCCCUACCAUCCUUGGCUCCCCUUCCAGGGCCAUCCCUCCAUUUGAAUUCCCCAAACCCCCCAGCUCUCCAAACCUUGUGACCUUCCUGACACAGCAGGGUUUGGUCAUUGGCUCGCCUGGCAGCAGGACUGCACAAACAGAGCCCAGAGACCCAGGACAACUCACGCCUACGCAGGUCACCCAGCCUGCCCACUGCAUCCACAGGCUUAACAAUGAAAACAAGGGCUUUGGAAGGUCCCAGAGUGCAGGUCGUCUGUCUGACAUGCUGCUCAUGGCUGCAUUUGGACCGGCUGGACUUGCCGGUGAGCGAGGCAGCAUAGAGAACUUGACCUCUGAAAAAGCCAUAGACAUUACAGCCCCCCCUGGUGGUGGUGUUGGAGGCCUUGCACCUGGCUCCUGCAGCCCAGCACAGGUGGUCUUCACUGUGGGCUCUCCUCCCAGCGGCAGCACCCCACCUCAACCCUGCAGACAGAGGAAACACUCAGGCUCCUAUACUUCAGUCAGCCCUGCAGGCUCUUACACAAGUCGCUUCCACCAGACUGCCGUGUAUCUGGAUGGCUUUGAGGCUCCUUCAAGUCCUCGCUUCAGUUUCACUGAUCCUUUCACAGCAAACAUGGGCAGUCAUGUGACCUUUGAGCCUCCCGAACUGCCUGAGGAGACGCUGAUGGAGCAGGAGCAUACCGACACUGUGCAAAGCCUGCGGUUCAUGUUGGAUUUCGCCCGCUGUCUGAUGGAGGUGGCUGGAGCGCGUGGUGCUGCGGUGAUUGAGGAGCAGGCGGACGAGUCUCAUCCCUGCCUCAUUCAGCAGCAGAGUGUGGUAGCAGAUCAGAUAAGCUCACUGAGCCGAGAGUGGAGUCAUGCAGAACAGCUGGUUCUCUACCUGAAAACCGCAGAACUCCUGUCCACUGCCUUACACACAGCCAUGGAGCGAGUGAAACAGGGCAAACUCUACCCAUCUACUACAGUCAAACAAGUGGUUAAGAGGCUGAAUGAGCUGUACAAGUCCAGCGUGGCAUCCUGUCGCUCACUCAGCACUCGUCUGGAGCGCUUCUUUUCCAGGAAACACCGUCUAAUGGACCAAAUCACCUCCAUCACAGCCGAGCGGCUGCUGUUCAGCCACACUGUGCAGAUGGUCCAGGCUGCUGCUCUCGACGAGAUGUUCCACCAAGGAGAAGCAUCGGCCCUGCGCUACCAUAAAGCUCUCCUGCUGAUGGAGGGCCUGUCUCUGCUGCUCACUGAACAGGACGAUCUCCUCAGUGUUAGCAAGUGUAAAGAGUGCAUUGAAAGACGCCUCACAGCUUUGCAAUCAGGACUCUGUGUUUGAGAGCACAGUGCUGCUUUCAUCUGAUGUCAGUCAUUUGCUCCCCUGCACAUUUCCAACAAACCAAAUCUCCAGCCACGUCUCAUGGAUUUCACUUACAAAUUGCUUCAGUUUGAAUAAGAAACCAAAAGAACUGAUGAACUUUCACUGAAGGGGUCUGUGCUCUCCAAAUAGGGUGCCGUUCAUCUCAAGCUUUGGACAGUUAGUCGUGACUUCACUGACGCUGAACUUGCACCAGUGUUGGACAUGAUGCACAUGUGCUGUGAAAGAACGUCAGCGCUCUCGGGUACUCGAGAGGACUUUGCACUCGGCUCUGAACGCGGCAUUUUGAUUUUGCCAAGAAGAUGAUUUCCCCCCCCCCCCUCGCAAGGCGUAACACAUGCAGGAGCAAUGAUUUCCAAGUAGCCCCCAUAUCCACACACAGAACUUAUCUAACCGUAAAUAGAUAGCAUUUUAGGAUGGAAACUUGCUCCUUCUACAGAUUUGCAAUACUUCACUCUAUACACAAAAUGUUAUCUUUCACCUGGAUGAAUAGCUGGAGGGGAAGUACAGUAUCUGCUGUACACAAAGAGGUCCGUCAUGUUCUUAAGAAGAGUUUCAUUCUCAUAAAAAGUAUGUCUGUCUUAUACAGCUAUAUUACUUUUGUUUCCUGUCUUGUCUUAUUGUUACUUGCUGGCUGAAGGGAAGUAUAAAUCUAAUGCUACAUUUGGUGGCUGGAAGUGGAUACAAGCUAUAUUACAAAAAAAAGUUGCCAAAAUUAAUUUAAAAAAUGUUUUAUUUAUAAGUUAGUUUUUAUUUAAGAUUCACUGUAGAUAAAAUAUUGAAGAAAUAACCCCUGUGUUUGACACUCAGUCUAUACUUGCUUUAUUUCCAAUCAUUGAAACAAUUAUUUCACUUUCUUUUUGUCUAUUUUUAUGAAUGGUGGAAGAUGUUUCAGUACAGACAAAGGAGGGUGCACAGAAAGCACUCACUACUUCACUGCUAGCUGCGGCAUAUAGCUUUUAAAUCCAAGAUGGACUGAAACCUGUCCGUCAGCAUUCCUGAUCACAGUCAUGUUCAAGUUAGUUGCAGUAACGUAGGACACAUUCUUCAGGGCUCGCAGAAGCUGACAUGCUGCUGUUGCUGGUUAUUUCUUCACAAGAUUCCAUAUUGUAUGUGUAUUUAUAUGUCAUCAGUCAAUCACGUCAGGAGUUUUGCAAGUAUAAUCACAAUUGAAUGUAGUGCUGCCAUGAGAGAAACGGCAUAAGUGAAAGGUCUGAAUGUUUUUGCACUGUUUAAGUACUGUAUAGGAAGGUUUUGAGUGGAACAUGCUGAAAAUGUCCCAUUUUUGUAUAUACUGAGAAAGAGUUACUAAUUUAAAGAUUUCAGCCUCCAUACUUUUAUUGCAGUUUUAGUUUGAUCUUAGUUACUGUCCAAAUGUAAUGUAGCUUAGAUGUGAGACUGUUGACAGAGAGAUGGUAUAAGCUAUGAACCCUUAGGAAGAUUUAUUUAAGAAGAGACGAGACAUGACAAAUUGCUUUACACUGCAAAGAUCAUUUGCAUUGGUUGUGUCGUGUUCUCUUUCAAAGUAGUAGUGUGUUUGAUCUUGGUGGUUGACCUUUGAAAAGUGUCCUGAUUUGGAAUGCUAGCUGAAAAUGUGUAUUGUACUUAGAUUGACCUGAACCUACAACCCAGUAGAACUACUUUACUCCCCUGAAUUGUGGGCAAAUGGAAAAGGGUCAACAUUGACUUUGGGUUCUUUAAAGAGAUGCCUGUGUGCAUGCUUGCAUGUCUGAAGUGAUGUUGUUUGGUGUAUUAAUGAAAAGUGGGAUGUGCUCCGUACAGAAGUAACAUGACACUGAGUUUUUAACAAGGUGGGAAUGAUGCGACUUGGACUACAGGGGAUGUAGUUAAAUCUGGGUUGGUUCAUAUCUGAAACUAAUCUGUGAAAACAAGGAUUAUACCCUCUGCCAAACCAAGUACUAUUUUCUGUCCCCAAAGUGUAUUUUCCUCUGCAUUCUUUUUUUUUUUACAUUGAAUUGAUCUUUUGAGUCAACAAGUGUAUAUUGUGGAAAAAGGAGUUGAUAUAUGGUCAAGGCUGAAGGUAUCGUAUGCUUGAUGAAAAAGUCAACAUGGUAGCACAGUCAGUGGAAAAGCAUGGAGGGAUGUUUUGAAGAUUUCUCUUUACUUUACAUUAUUUGUAUUUGCUUUGUGGCCUUUUGUAUUUUGUCUAAGAACUUUCUCUGAAAUUGUUGCAUAUAUUGCUUUACUGAAAUAAUUCUGUGUGUUUAUACUAUUUGUAUGAGUGUACAUUCCUGGUAUCAACCUAUCCACAGACUCUCUGUCUCUUUUACAUGCGCUUUGUUGAGUCAGUGUGUGGUGCUGAUGUCUCAGAAGAUUCAGUACGCAGAAAUUGAAAGGUGAUCUUUGCAAAACGGAUGCAAGUGUCUUUUUUAAAUGUUUCUCUACAAUCACAGCUAUCGAUGUGCAGCAGUUAAAACAAGAGUGUAGUGAAAGAGUAAGUUAGCAUAAGAAGUGGGCAGGGAGAGAACAGUACUACACCACCUAUACAUUUCCAAAGAAUAGGCCUUCUGCUGAUCUUCCAUAUUGUCUCUUACCGUUGCAAUAGAAUUUUAAUGUUGUCAUGUCCAUGACAGCCACACUAUUUCAGUGUUCCUGUGUGUGAUGUAUCCUUCACUGUUUGAGAGUUGGAACAUUAAUAAAGUGAAAGGAAUGAUCA